AUGGUUACACGCAUCACCAACGACGCCGCAAGAACGAGUUCUGUCUUGGUUAAUUACAUCGCAAAUUUUGAUCGAACCCCUCGGCCUUUUCGCUUAGAUGCCUGGAAGCUAGCCUAUUGCGACGUAUAUCAUGUUGAUGUCGAAGGAGGGAGUGCUACACUACAGGAAAUCUACGAAGAACGCAUUCGAGAAGAAGAACUCCAAACCCCUGCUGCUCGAGCCAGAGAGCUUGUGCGGUAUAAUGAACUUGGGAAAGCUCGGAGGAAUGCUAAAUGGAUGAUUCCUGCUAUUGAACGUUUUUCAGAUGAGGCACAAGCACAGGUGGAUCAGGAACGGAGGCAAUCCUUGGAACCCUUCUUACAAUUUAGCCAAGAUGAGGAAAUGAGGAAACUCAUUUUGGCACCGCAGGGAUACCACAAGACCCUAGAAAGAAUCUGGAAGUGGGUAUCGCCGACGCCGCCAGCUUGGAUACAGAAGACCCUUGAGGCUCAAGAACAGUUUGGUUUUAUCUAUUACAUGUCCAGAGAGGUCGAACAGAAGCACGGCUAUAACUGGCACUCAGUCUGGAGUGGCAUUAACUGUCACGAUCUGCCAGACAGGGUAACCAGGUACAGCAUCCAUUGCCAAGGCCCUGGCAACUCGAAUGCGCUGCUUCGACUGGAAACUGAGAAGUGGCCUACGUUUUAUCCCAACGAGAGCAUGGCAGAAGAUGACGACUUGCGAAAACACUUCAGAGGAUACAGGGAAGAGAAUGAAAAUCUUUUAUCUGCUGGAAUUCUACGGAAUACCUUUAUCGUCGUUCCUAUUGAAUUAACUUCAGAGGAAAAUCGCCAACGUCCAGAAGAUGAGCUUCUUGAUCCUUACUGGGUUUGGGCAUAUGAUGCAGACUGGGACAGUUCGGAAGAAGAGACUGUGUUCAACGGGGAGAGAUACCAAGGGCGUGUCAAGGUGGCCAUUUGGUCGUCUGCGAUAGAAGAUGGUCGCUCAAGGCUGGAAAGCCUCGAGCAGCAGCUCCAGCCCUCGACUCACCGAAAGGUAAUGAGCCGGUUUGGUGCGCGUGCAUUCAAGUGGCCCUUUGAAUGUAAAGAGGUCGAGGGAACCAUUCAAAAUCUUGUGCGUUGCAGAGAGAAUAUUUCUUUGGCGUUGAACAUUGACCAGACUGUAAUCCUUCAGAACGUCGAUGAACGAACGACUCUCAGUCAACUGCCGGCCGCAGAUGGAGCUUCAUUCGACUCCCGUGCCGAAGAACACAACCCAACAUGCUUACCCGACACUCGUGAGGAGUUGCUUGGAGAAAUCGACCACUGGAUAAAUGACCCUAAGUCAAAGACAAUAUUCUGGUUAAAUGGUAAGGCCGGAACGGGAAAAUCGACCAUUUCGCGGACUGUCGCCUGGUCGCGAUCCAGGCAGGGCGAUCUCGGUGCGAGCUUCUUUUUCAAGAGAGGUGAGGUCGAUCGAGGGAACUUGUCCAAGUUCGUGUCCAUGGUGGCCCGUCGACUGGCUUGGAGCACGCCGGCGGUUGCGCCGUUCAUCAAGAGUGCCGUCAAUGCUGAUCCAGAGAUUGCUGACAAGGCUGUCCGGGAGCAGUUUAAGAAGCUUAUUCAAGAGCCGCUGUCAAAAACGACGGUAACGUCAUUAUCUCGGCCGUUGGUUGUUAUUGUUGUUGAUGCACUGGAUGAGUGCGAGAAGGAUGAUGACAUCAAGCUUUUUCUCCAACUUUUCUCCAACUUACGCUCCGCGGGUCCUUUACGUGUUCGGGUGCUCGUUACUAGUAGACCCGAGCUUCCUGUACGUCUUGGCUUUUCCUCUAUCGGUAAUGCCCAUCAAGAUUUGAUACUGCACAAAAUCCCGCUGCCGAUCAUUGAGCACGAUAUAUCUGUCUUUCUUCGGCACGAGUUCGCCAACAUUCGCAACAGCUUCAAUAAAAACGCAGUAGAAGAGCUGAAACUACCAAUGGACUGGCCUGGGGAAGCCAAUCUCGGGAAGCUGACCACGGCGGCGGCGCCUCUCUUUAUCUUCGCCGCAACUCUUUGCCGAUUCAUCAACGACUCAUAUCUCGGCAGUCCUGAUGAGCUUCUACAGAGUGUGCUCAGCGUCGCAGGUACUGGUCAAGGCUCGAAGCUCGACAUGACAUAUUCUCCAGUUUUGAGGCAGCAAGUACUUAAUCGGUCAGGAAGCGAGAGAUUGGAUAUCAUCGAGAGCUUUCGUCUUAUUGUUGGCACCAUUGUCACCCUGGCUAACCCAUUGUCUAUGCGCGCUCUUGCGCUACUUCUGGAUAUUCAAGUCAGUAAGGUAACCACUAGGCUAAGUGCGUUGCAUUCGGUUUUGGAUAUCCCGGAAACUCUUGAUACGCCAGUGCGACUGCUCCAUUUAUCGUUCCGGGAGUAUCUCGUAGGCCUGGAAAAAAGAGAGUUGGCCGAGUUCCGAGUAGAAGAAAGACAUACUCACAAAAGCUUAGCGAAACACUGCUUGCGCAUUAUGCGCGGCGGUCUGCGGAAGAACGCAUGCGUCGAUCUUCAUUGGACUUUGGGCGAAGAAAUUAUUCCAUUAGAUGGUUAUGUAUAUGUUUCAUCCUUUGCGACCGAUGGACGUGGCAUUAUCACAGGUGGUGGCGUAUUUGCUCUAUCAGACGUCUCACAACCUCAUGCAGAGCCUGCUAUGCUGCGGCAAUCCUCGGAGGCGUCGAUACUCACCUGCAUAGACGGCACCUGGAUCACAGCGGCAGGGGAAGACUUGCUCUGGCUGCCUCCUGAAUGCCGCAAUGGAGAAGUCACUGUUUCGGGAAGCACAGUUGCCAUAGGUUGCCGAUCAGGAAGAGUGUUAGUGUUAGGGAUUUCUAUGUCAGAGGUGGAGCAGUGGACGGAUACAUGA